AUGGUGUCGUUUUCAUGCGAGAACUGCGGCGAUGUUCUCACGAAGAAGAAGUUGGAUCCGCAUAGGAACCAGUGUCGAGGCGCGUCGUACACUUGUAUCGACUGCCAUACCUAUUUCCAUGGGACAGACUAUCGAGCGCAUACCAGCUGUAUAACCGAAGCGCAAAAAUACGAAGGGUCUCUUUUCAAAGGCAAGAAAACCAAAGCUCAACAG